UCACUGAACCUGGAGAUUCACUCUUGUUUUGCUUUUCUUCUACAGGACAUUAAAGUGUGAGAGGAACUGGCCCAUUCAAGAAGUGUGCACGCCGCUGGACCGUACUCAACAGCAGCAACAUCAGCAUCCACACCUUAGGAGGAGGGGAUGAAACCGGAUGGGGUUACCAUGGAAACCACGGAGCCCACUGAAGCUGCAGCAGAAGCAUCAACUCAACCAGCAGAAGCUGCAAAUGAUGAAGCGCCCGGGGCUACUCCGAAGGCCAAUGGCAGUUCAGUGGCAGCGGACCCUAAGGUCAAACCAAAAGCUGUUGCAACUAAAACACAGCACGCAGCCAAAUCUGCUGGGGCUUCUGGAUCCAACUCACGGCCAGGUACUUCCUCGCACCGCACGAUGAAUGACGUCAAAUCCUCUAACAAUAGUUCUGCGGCUGCAGUCAAGAAAACAGCAACUGCAGCAAAAGCAGCAUCAGCAGCUGGAGCCGUACCCAAAAGACCCAUGGGUGCAGCAGCAGCAGCAGCUUCCACCACGGUCAAGAACCAAACUAGAGUGCCUGACAAGAAGCCUGUUGGACCUACCAGGACUACCUCUGUUGCUGCAGCCACAGUAACAAAUGGUACCAAACCAACAACAGUGAAUGGCACUACUAAGAAGAGACCAGCAGCUGAGACUGUUAAUGUAGCAAGACCCAAGACCACAGCUACUACCAGCAGACCAACGGUGUCUACUGCCCCGAAACCCAGCACUUCGACCACAACAAAAGCUGGUGGUGUUGCUGUUUCAAAGACCACAAGGUAUGCAUGCUUAUCGCAAAUGGGCAGCAGGUGCUGAAAAGUUUACAGGCCUAAUGGCACUUUGUGUAUGAACAGAUGAAUGAAGUAAUGUGGUUGGGAAACCGACCUUAUUGUUUAAUACCCUUCUCUUUCUCCCACCUCCUCAUUGUGUUUCUGUCUCGCUGAGAUCUGAACUUUGUAAUUCCCUUACAAACUGGAAGAGAGGGUGACUUUGUUUAUCUUGAUGCCCUCAAAGGGUGCAGUGGAGAAGGAUGUCCAUUGUGGUCUUUGGGCCGUUAUUGAGUCAAAUUUCGCUUCAAGAGUGUGAGUCAUGUUAGCAGAAAUAACCUGAGACAGAGGGCCUUAACAGAGCCAGUGAUACUGAAGAACUACCGCUUUGUCCCAAACAGACCCCCUGGCAG